AUGGCGACCAUCACGGCGCCUCCCUGCUCCCCCUCUCCAUCGUGUAUGUUCCUCACCCGCAGCUAUUGCUGCUCGAGGUCGGCGCCAAGAGCGGCCAUCCGCUCAUCUGCUGUGGCGGCGGCCCGGCAGACGCUCUCCUCCGGAUGGGACCUGUCCGGGCUGUCGGGAGCGCGACCGGCAGCUGGAAAAGCCCGUCUCGAGGAGUUGGACACCAGCAACAUGCUUCUCCGCCAGCGAAUCAUCUUUCUCGGCUCCCCGGUGGAUGAUUUGACUGCGGAUCUUAUCACCAGUCAACUCUUACUGUUGGAUGCAAAGGACCACACAAAGGAUAUCAAGUUGUUUAUUAAUUCACCUGGAGGCUCCAUUACUGCAGGAAUGGGGAUUUAUGAUGCCAUGAAAUUUUGCAAGGCUGAUAUCUCAACUGUUUGCUUUGGAUUGGCGGCUUCCAUGGGUGCAUUUUUGUUAGCUGCUGGGACAAAGGGAAAGAGAUUUUGCAUGCCAAAUGCGAGAAUUAUGAUCCAUCAGCCAUCAGGGGGAGCUGGUGGGAAGGCCACAGAGAUGGGAUUGCAGAUAACAGAAAUGCUCUAUGAGAAGAUAAAGAUCAACAAGAUAAUGUCAAGGAUCACUGGAAAGCCUGAAGAGCAGAUUGACGAGGACACGAAGUUUGACUGUUUCAUGAGUCCUUGGGAGGCCAAGGAUUAUGGAAUAAUUGACAGCAUUGUAGAUGAGGGCAAACUUGGAUUGGUAGCUCCUGUAUCGGGAGCUGUGCCACCCCCAAAAUCACGUGUGUGGUACUUGUGGAACGCUUCAGGACCAACUAGAAAAAUAAUGAAAAAUCUACCUUCAGAGGAAAAGCUCAUUCGAAAUGGCAAUGGCAGUGUAAGUGGAGCUGAUGGAGGGAGUAUUAUUUUUCCUGUAUACCGGUUGAUUUAUUGA